CACUCACCUGUUUCUAAACUAAAGUACUGAGUGAAUAAAUUUCAGUUUACCUGCUUUAGAAAAGUCUUCUUCAGAUUCAGAAAUGGGCGUACUUUCAGAUGCACAGUACAAUGUUCUGGUUGCCUUUUUGGCUGAAAACAUUGAACCUAAUACCGAAAAGCAUGGUGUUGAGAUUUUAGUUGGGCUGUUUAAAAAAUCGAAAUCAAGCCAGAUGCUUUUUGAGAAGUUCAAAAAUCUUGCUACUGAGGCAGAGAUGAGGAACUGUCCAGAGCUAAAGAAGCAUGGGGACCUAGUCGUCAAGACUUUGCUAAGCGUGAUAAAGAAGAAGGGAAGCCAUGAAAGUGAGCUGCGCAAAUUGGCCUGCUCACAUGUUAACCAGCACAAAAUUCCAGUGGAGGAAUUUCAGGUUAUCUUUAGCGUUAUCAAUGAUUAUUUACGUACAGUUCCAGCUUGUACAGCAGAUAUCAGCAACAGCAUGAAUACAGUUCUUGAUGACAUUUAUGACUGCUUGAAAGAGCAUUACAAGAAAGAGAAAAAAUAAAUCCUCUGUUUCUAUCACCUAAGAAAGGAAAGCACCAUUAAAUUGUUUAGUCUUGAUGCAAUGGAGCUUCAAGUUUGACUUCAUUACAGUGUUUUUGAUGACAGCAUUCUGAUUUCUGUGCUGAAAUGUAAAGCGUAGCUUAUUUUCAAGGUGGUUGAAUGAGUUUAGGAUUCUGAAACCACAGUAUCAUGUAGUUGGCAUUUUUAUUAGAAUAUCAGAAGAAAUGGAGUAAAGUAGGUAAUCAUGUUACAAACGACAGAUGGACCGAACCUUUGGGAUAUCUGUUUUACUACUGCUGCUGUUUGCAAUUGUCUGGCUUUUUUAAGGUGAGGCAUAUGUUGAUUCCAUCUGUAUACAUUGCAUUGUACACAACUUACAGAGAGAAAAUUAACAUUGUUUGUAUGUUCUUUAAGCUGCAAAUGCUGAUAAAUACAUACAUAAAAGUUUUAGGAAACCUGUGGUUAACUAUGUAGGAAGCACAUGUGAAUGUGUGUGUGCGUACAUGUGCACACACACACAAGCACACACAUGCAUACUACAUAGGCAUACGUAGUUGACUUUAUAACUUAGUUGUGAGGACAUGAACUUUGCAAAAUAGGUUACAGAUUAUUAAAGUAUAAAUAUAAAUUCUAUUUACUGUUGGGUUUUACUAGGACUUUGGGGCUGAUCUGGAAUGGGUGUCCAUAAACUAAUUCUGUGGCAACUUGUUUGCAGGAGUAAAACACUGUAACAUUGUAAAUUUAAUAAUAAAAUAAAAAGAAAAUAACAUAAA